AGCGGGAGAGGAGACCAUCAUGUACUCAAGGCUCUGGGGGCCGAUGGUGACCGCGUGGGUGCUCACCAUCGCUCAGCUGCCGCGGGUUUUUGCUUUUAACUUGGACACGCAGAGUCCCAUGAGGAAAAGCGGGGAGGCAAACAGUUAUUUUGGAUUUUCCAUGGCCAUGCACCACCAGCUCCAUCCCUCCGACGAGCGCUUUUUGCUUAUCGGAGCCCCUCGUGCAAAAGCAUUUCCUAUUCAAAAUGCCAAUAUAUCUGGAGGUCUGUACCGAUGUAAAUUUACCACAAGACCUGAUGACUGUGAACGCAUCCCCCUUGACCUUGAAGUUCGUUCAAAGGAGAGGGCAGGAAAAGACCACAGAGAGAAACAGUGGUUGGGGGUUCGUGUGCGAAGUCAGGGUCCUGGCGGAAAAGUAGUGACUUGUGCGCACAGAUAUCAAGACUGGAGUCUUACUAAUCAGGCGGUUUUGGGUAGAUGUUUUGUCAUGGAGCAAGAUCUUAAGUUGGAUCCGGAUGGUGAGGACUCGAGGACAUUUUGUAGGAUUCGUUCAGCAGAGAAACACAUGUUUGGGUAUUGUCAACAGGGCCUUUCGGUAGCAUUUACCAAAGACAGCAAAUACGUUGUUUACGGAGCUCCAGGAGCCUACGAAUGGAAAGGCACUGUGCACAUGGAGCCUGUUGAUGAUUUCUCUUUAGACACCUUUGAAACAGGAGAUCAGUUUCGAUUUAAAGAAGAUCUUAUUCCUGUCGGCAUCAGCAGCCUUUUAGGCUUUUCUUUAGACAGUGGGAUGAACCUUAUUAGGAAAGGAGAGCUGAAUAUAGUGGCAGGUGCUCCGCGCUCAAAUCUCAGUGGUGAGGUUGUGCUGCUGAGACCAGAUGAAAAAUCAUCAUCAAAAAGCUUAACAAUAGAAUAUAUUCUUCAGGGUCCAGGUUUGGCCUCUUCUUUUGGCUAUGACCUCACUGUGCUUGAUCUAAAUGCUGAUGGGUGGGAUGACCUUGUUGUGGGGGCACCCCAGUUUUCCGAAAAAGACAUGGACAAAGAUGUGGGAGGGGCCGUGUAUGUUUACAUCAACCAAGGUGGUGCACGACAAUGGAACCAAAUCAAUCCCGUGUGUCUCACUGGUAAAAGAGACUCCAUGUUUGGAAUAGCAGUGGAAAAUACUGGUGACAUCAAUCAAGAUGGAUACCAAGAUUUUGCAGUGGGCUCCCCCUAUGAAGAUUCUGGAAAUGGUCGAGCGUAUGUAUAUCAUGGUUCACCUACAGGCUUCCACCAAAAACCACAGCAGGUUUUGCAUGCUGGGAACCAUGGUAUUAAAUUGUUUGGCUAUUCUUUGGCUGGAAAUAUGGAUGUGGACAGCAAUGGCUAUCCAGACCUUGCUGUGGGUUCACUCUCAGAUUCUCUACUUAUUUACAGGGCUAAACCCGUGGUUAAUGUUGAAAAGAGCUUAACAUUAACACCUAACAGUAUUGACUUCAAAGCGCAGGACUGCAAGACAAACCCAUGCAUCAUUACAGCACAAUCCUGCUUUUCCUACACUGCACAACCGGCGACAUACAAUCCCAGAAUGAGGAUCAAGUACAACCUAAUGGCCGAUACAGCGCACAUAGCAUGGGGUCUUUCUUCACGAGUGGUCUUUAUAGAUCCUGAACAGGGUUUCCAUGAACUGCCCGGCCAGGGCCAAAAGCAGUGUAUCCAGACCCGGCUCAAAUUGCUGGGAGAAAUCCAGGACAAGCUGACUAGCAUUUCCGUUGGACUAUCAGUUUCUUUGCCACCCGACAGCCCUAAACAAAGUUUCAAAAACUUCCCUGAUCUCCAGCCUGUCCUCAACUCUCUGCAAGAAAACACAACUAAAGCAGAGUUUAUCUUCAUGAAUGCUGGCUGUGGAAGUGACAACAUCUGCAAGAGUAACCUGCAGCUCCAAUACAGCUUCUGCACCAAAGAGCAAGAGCAGGAAAAGUGCAACCCACUAACCAUGGAAAAUCAUAUUCCUGUCAUCUCACCCGGUGAUGAAAAUGUUGCCCUGGAGGUUACUGUAACCAAUAAAGGUGGAGAUGAUGCACAUCAGAGUCAACUAUCUGUGAACUUUCCAGAGUUUCUGCCCUUAUCAGCAAUUGUACUGAAGAAAAACAGUCAAACACAGGUGCAGUGUAAAGCCAAUGAAAAAAGGACACAGGCAGAUUGCCAACUUGGAAAUCCUUUUAAAAGAGACUCGGAGGUUUCAUUCUUUCUGAUACUAAAUACAGACAGGCUUUCUUUGACAAUAACAGGGGCUAAUGUUACUAUGUCACUCAAAACAAUAAGCGUUCAAAAUAUCCCACUAGUUGUCGCAGAGGCAAAAAUUGUCUUUGAAAUGCACCUGGAAGUCUUUGGUCUUGCCAAACCUUCCCAACUGUUUUUUGGAGGAGAAGUGAGAGAUGAGAAAACAAUUAAAUCAGAAGAUGAAAUUGGUUCAUUGGUUCAGUAUGAGUUUAGGAUUGUUAAUAUUGGGCGGCCCCUGAAGUCAUUCACUUCUGCUGUGCUGAACAUCCAGUGGCCCAAAGAAACCAAAGAGGGAAAAUGGCUUCUGUACCUUGUGCAGAUCACUGGACGAGAACAAAAAAAAAUCAUUCCCUGUACGCCUGCAGAAGAGAUUAACCCAUUCAAAAAGAGUAAGGCAUUAAACAGAGAAAGGCGGGAAAUGGGCCGUGAAUCAGAACUGGAGGCCUUCAGCACCGAUAGCGGAUUUCUGUCUGUUUUUGGAAACUCAAGAAAGUACAAAACCCUGACGUGUGCUGAUGAGUUAAAAUGUGUGGAGAUAAAGUGCCCUCUUCAGGCUGUUGACAGUACUGCAGUUAUUGUUCUUCACUCUCGCUUAUGGAACAGCACUUUUCUGAAGGAGUAUAGCUCACUGAACUAUUUGGAUAUUGUACUGGAUGCGUCUUUGAGCCUUAAUGGUACUACUGAGAACAUUGGGAUCCGACCAUCUAAGACAAAGGUGAGGCUAACUGUUUUUCCUGAGAAGAAACCAGCUUUGCUUAGCCGGGUCCCGUGGUGGGUCAUUCUACUCAGUGUAGUGACUGCAUUGCUGUUAACAGUCUUGCUGGCAUACCUUUUAUGGAAGUUAAAUUGCUUCAAGUGUGAAAUGUGUAACGACAAGACGAAAAUGAAAUAAGCCAUCAACGAAGGACAACUAAGGAAGUGUCUUAAAACAGUGCAAGACAUUUCGCUGAUUCUGUGGGGGGUUUUGCGCAGGUCAAUAAUAAAUCUUCAUUUUUCUUAUUUCUUUUUUUUACAUAUAUCAGCAUUUUUCUACUGUUGUUGUAAAUGAACAUUUAAAAUGAAUAGUUAAAUUAUCUACAAAUAAAAUCUUAAUUUUUUCAUAAAA